AUCUGUGUGGUUUUUGUACCAAAUUCUAAAUGUUUGUUCUGGUUCACAUUCGGAGUUUGAUACUAAAAUGUCGCAUUUUCAUAUCUCAAAAUAUCAAGACAAGCUGAACCUUUUUCUGCAGGGGUGUGGUUUUGAACGUAGUAUAAUAUAAACCGAUUGCUAGACAUAUUUGGUCAUGGAAAAAAACGGCAAAACAGACUGAAUUCAAAUUUCGAAUGGUUAGUCUUGCGGAAGUAGACCUACGAUUUGCUCACUAUUAUUAUGAAUUGGUAGCGAAACGAUAGUAAAAUGAAAUCGUGAGAAUAAACAGUUUUUGACAUAUUUUUUUUUUUACUAAAAACUUAUACAUACAAAUUUUUAUUGUUUCUUGCCGCAUUUAUUGGAAUUACUGUUGUGGAAAUUUGCAAUAUGGAUGGAAGAAAGACAAUUUUUACAAAUCCGUCGUUAAUUUCACGUUACGUAUGCAAUAUACGAUUUCUAGUAGUUGCUGCCGUAUGUGUUCUUAUAAUAGCCGGGACAGUAUACUUUUCCCAUACAGAAAACGAAAGUAUUAACAAAGAAUUGCCAUUCGAAAAGCCUACAAAUGGAAAACCCGACAUUGAAAAGGAAAAUAAUGAUACACUACCAGGACCAUCCAAAUGGGAAAAUAAUGAAGAAAUCCAAAUAUUUCGAGAAUAUUUACAAAUCCCAAGUGUUCAUCCAGACAUCGACUAUGAGCCAUGUGUGGCCUUCUUGAAGAAACAAGCAGAAGGGUUGAAUCUUCCUGUGAAAAUUUAUUAUCCGGUGAAUGAUAAAAAUCCAAUCGUUGUAUUAACAUGGGAAGGAUCUAAACCGGAGCUGCCAACGAUCGUGUUAAAUUCACACAUGGAUGUAGUUCCAGUUUAUGAAGAGUAUUGGAAAUAUCCACCUUUUUCGGCCCACAUUGAUGAAUCGGGUAAUAUUUUUGCGCGUGGAGCUCAAGAUAUGAAAUCAGUUGGCAUGCAAUACUUGGCUGCGCUUCGCGCAUUGAAAAGAGAUGGUGUACAACAACUUAAAAGAACUAUACACGUUAUCUAUGUGCCCGACGAGGAAAGAGGUGGCGUACAAGGGAUGGCUGGAUUCGUUAAAUCUUCCCCAUUCAAAUCAAUUAAUUUGGCCUUUGCGUUGGAUGAAGGUGGUGUUGCCAUAAAUAAUGAAGGAGUCUUGCCUGUUUAUUAUGCCGAAAGAACCAUUUGGCAGAUCGAGUUCAUUUUUCACGGUCAUUCUGGCCACGGAUCCAAACUUUUCGAUGACACUCCCGGAGAGAAAUUGAGCUAUGUCGUAAGCAAAUUCAUGGAAUUUCGUAGAGGUGAAGUAUACAAAUUGAACCAACUGAAAUACCCAUACGGAAAUGUGACGACAAUCAAUCUUACAAAAAUUAAAGGAGGUGUUGAAAAUAAUGUGAUUCCAGCGGAAAUGAGUGCCACUUUCGAUAUUCGCAUUUCAAUCAAUACUGAUUUGGAUGAAUUUGAAAAAAUGAUUCACCGCUGGUGCAAGGAGGCUGGUGGCAAUAUUACCGUGACCACGUUGGAAAAGGGAGAAAAAGAAAAAGUUACUCCGGUUGAUGAUUCCAAUCCAUAUUGGAUUGCAUUCAGAAAUGCCGUGCACGAGUCUGGUCUCAAAGUUCAAGCAAUGGUAUUGGGUCCGUCUUCUGACAUGAAAUACAUUCGACGAAUUGGUUUAGCAGCAUUGGGCUUUUCACCGUUGAUGAACACCGUAGCAAAGUUGCAUGACCACAACGAAUACAUUUCGGUCGAUACUUAUUUAGCUGGUGUGAAUGUGUACAAAAAGAUUAUAUUGAACUUAGGCAACGUGUGAAAUGGGCGGUACUCGAUAUAUGCUUUUUAGUACAAAAUUUUUUUGGCUUUUUGGCUGGAAUUAAAGAAUAGAAAAUAGAACUUUGGUUGCCACAUCUCAUAAUCGGUUAAUUGUUUCUUUAUUCUUCAGAAUAAUCUGUUGCUUUACAAAGCAAAUAUUUCUGUGUAAGAUACCAAACGAUAAAAAAAGAUAAAUAAAAGAUUUGCCAUGUAUGGUUUGGAAUUCA